AUGCCCUUGGACGACCAGAUGCUUCACCUCAAGCUUGAGGAUCGCCAGCGAGGUGACGUUGCGCAGCAAAUCACCCCUCCCGCUGAGGAUGAAUUCAACACCCUGGGCGCGCCGUCGAAGUCACCCGGUACAGCGCCGACGAUGCCUCCUAUUGACAGCAGUCUGACACGUCUAUACCGCCGGACUCCUACACCUACGAUUCUCCUCGAUGGCUCUCUGCGGGUUGUGCAGACUUCGGAUAGUCACCAAGCUCUAUUCCGUCAUCCCCGCGAGAUACUACUGGGCGCCAGCAUUUAUGAAAUACCACCCCGACUGAUCCCCGCGCCGGACACGCCAGCGCUGAGCGGUAUGUUGGGAACAGCAAUUUCAACACGCGAAGUCCAAACGCUGGACUUCGUUCGUAUCGUCGAUUCCGACCGCAGUUGCAGUUUACGAGCGACGCCGAUUUUCGAAGACGAUGCACUAAUCUAUCUUACUCUCGAGGCGCAGGUGCAUCCUCGGGCGGAGGUCGAAGAACAGAAAAACUCUGCGCUUAGCGACCAAGCAUACCUGAACGCGACGUACAAAAUUCUGGUUGACACUGUGAAGGACUAUGCCAUUUUCAUGCUCGACUGCAGGGGCCACAUAGCUACAUGGAAUUCCGGUGCCGCAAUUCUAAAGGGUUACACCGCGCAAGAGAUCAUUGGCAAACAUUUCUCAGUGUUCUACGGACGUGAGGAUCGCGAGACAGAUAAACCGGGGCGGGAACUAACGGUCUGCGUCCAAGAGGGCAAGGUUGAAGAUGAGGGUUGGCGCUACCGCAAGGAUGGCACCCGGUUCUGGGCAAAUGUCAUGAUAACGGCUAUUCACCAGCUUGGCCGGCAUGUUGGAUUCGUUAAAGUAACUCGCGACCUGACGGAGCGCAAAGCAGCCGAACAGCGUCUGAUUGACGCAUUUGAGGAAUCCUCGAAAAUCAAGACCGACUUCCUGGCUAACAUGUCGCACGAGCUACGCACGCCCAUGAACGGAAUGUCCUUGGCCUUGACCAUGCUGAUGGGAACUGGCCUCACCGCCGAUCAAAAAGAAUAUGCGUCUAUCCUGGAAGACUCGACUUCGAUUCUAUUACAGGUUAUUAACGACGUGCUGGACUACUCGAAACUAUCGUCUGGAUCCUUUUCCCUCACCACGGACGUUCUUGAUGUACCCUCCGUGAUCAAUGCGGUCACGCGAAACUGUCGACAUUCAUUGAAGAGCGGCGUUGCAUUAGAGAAGACCGUGGCACCAAAUUUCCCGUUAAAUAUAAAGGGCGAUCCUCUGCGAUUCCGCCAAAUUUACUGA